GAUGCGUCUUUCAUCCUACGCACGGUUCGAUGUUUUUCACGACAGCAGAUAUACAUCGGCAUGAUUUGACAGCUGAAAACACAAGAUAUCUGACAAAACUGAGUAGCCUACAAAGCACUGCUUUCGAAUCGCUCUCUCGGUACUUUGAUGAUAGUUGCCGACCAGGCGGUCCGCGACCGCGCAGUGCGUCAUAAAAUCGAAAACAACAUCUGGGGCAAUGGGUGGGGCAAACUCUAAACGCAACUUUACCAUUUGAAACAAAGCGAAACUUUUAAACGGCCAGACUCCCGGAACAAAACGGCAAACAUUGCUGUAGUCAGUUCAACUCAAUGAAUGUCAUUGUUGGAUUCCGGCUGUAGAUUUAAAUCAUCUUAAAUAUAAUGGACACCAGGGAAAAACUACAGGAGUUACUGUCGGUGUAUGUUGUGGACACCCUCAGCCACAUUCAAACAGUCAGAGACUUUUGUGACAAAGCAGAAAAAUGGACCCUUCAGAGAGAGACAGAGCUGGAGACGAUGAGAGACAUCAAGGAUCAAGCAGACAAAAUCAGUCUUGCGUUUGACCAUGUUCAGCGCUCAGAGGAUAAAGCCAAGGCUUUUGGAGAGUACCUAUGGAGUGGUUUAACUCAGGUCACAGCUGACUCCAGACGUCAGGAACUAGAGAAGAAUCUGAGUGCUGUCCUGAAAGACACGUUUGAGGGGUUUGAGAAACUUGAGCACUUCCUGGAUGCAGUGGAGAAACUUGCAGUUACCUCGCUGUUUGUCUUCACUUCACGAAGUUUCCUACCGAAAGGGGAGAGCCCUGCGAGUGUGCGAUCGGUCAUCACAGCUGCCAGAAUGGCCUCUCCUCUCCUCAUCCACUUUAAACGAAAUAACGAAACAUUCUUUCUUCCAAUUCUCAAUAAUGUGGAUGUCCUGGCCUUUCAGCUAGACAAAUACAUACGCACUACACAACAGCUGUGUGAGAAAAUGGAGAAAAAAUCUAAGAGUGUAUUGUGGUCUGGAGACAUGUAUGAAUGGAUGAAGGGGGAGCCUUUAAUAAAAUUCAGUUUGAACAUGAGUGACACCUCCAUGCAAAAAUUGCUUGAUCAUUUGAAGCAGUUAAGCAUAAUAAGAAUGGACCAUCACACCAAACUGGCGUUCCUUUUUCAGGAGAAUGCUUUAAACUUCAUUGGUUUCUUCGGACAGCGUCGCUCUAGGAUGGAACAGUUCCUAUCAGAUCUGGAGGAAAGUGCAGUUCAGCUGGACAGGAUGAAGUUCGGGGCCAAUAUCUCCACUGUAGCUGGUAGUUCAGUGGGUGUAGCAGGGGGUGUCUUGUCUAUUGUUGGCCUCGCUCUUGCUCCUGUCACUGCAGGGGUGUCUCUGGCUCUCACUUUGACAGGGGUUGGUCUGGGAGUGACCAGUGGUGUCAAUAGUUUGGUCACAGGUAUCACUGAAACAGCGGUCAACAUUCACCACGGUAAAAAUGCACAAAGCAUUUUCCAGAGAUACAUGAAAGAUGUGGAAAAGAUUCAAGGCUGUUUGGAGAAGGCCAGUGCGGUAGAUCGUGUAGAGGGGCCUGUUGCGAUAGAUAUGGUUAGAGCUGGGAAGGUGAUAGCUGGUGCUGGAGGAGUGGCCAAAGGUAUUGAUGCCCUGGUAGAUGCAGCUUCAGCUGUUAAAGUCCUUCAAAGUGAGGAAGUGAUUGCCACUGCAACCAAGAUAGGGCUACAGGAGGCACAAAGUGCUCGUAGUAUUCCCAAACUGGCUGCAGACUUGCCUGACAUUGGGCAGCUGGCAAAAGGGACACCCCUUGCACUCUCAAAUUCAGCGAGAGCUGGAUUUAUCACUGUAAACGCCCUGUUUAUUGGCUUGGAUGUCCUUUUUAUUUGUAAAGACAGCAUAAGUCUGGCAAAAGGCAGCAAGAGUGAAGCCUCUGAGCUCAUUCGCUCCAGAGCAAGUGUGUGGAAAUCUGAGCUGGAGACCUGGGAAAAUAUUUAUGAUUCCUUAUGCAUAGGAAUAUGGAAAUUUAGGAAAAGCCAGAACGUGUUGGAGGAACCGUUUCUUCCUUAGAUAUAAUCAUUUUUUUAAAGAUUUCAGAUUGAAUUAUUUUAAUCUUAAUCAAAUAAAAUAUUUACAUCUCAGACUGAUUACAGCACGUUUUUAUCAAGCCACAUUAAAGCACUUUCAUUGUACAAUAAUUGUAUAUGUUUAAUUAAAAAAAAGGAAUUACAUACUGAUGGAGAUUUAAUCUUUGUACAUACUGUAAAUAUGAUUUAGAAUAUUAAAAAUAUGGAAUACAGUUGUGAUUGUCAUUUCAGAAAGCACUUUAUUUGUACUAUAAUGAUCAAUGGCACAGAACAUUGUAAAUACUUCAUUACUCUUAACAACAAAAAACAUGCAUUAGAGCAAAGCGGUAAACCAAAAGUUUUGAUUUUCGUAAUGUUUUGUUAAUAAUCAGUUGCGCAAAACAUGCAACAUAUUACAAUAAUUGAUUUUGACUGAGCUGUAACCAAGUAAACACCCCAAACUAAUUUUUCUUGUAAAAUUCAUCACAUAAAUAAAGUGCCUAAACAAAAUUGGUUUGGUUGUUUUCUU